AUGGGCAAUGUCAGCAGUAGGCCCGAUGACGGGGCAGCUCUGUAUCUCAGAGACCAGAAUCGCCUGAGCAUCACCUCGAUCGUGGUCACCAACCCGCGGAAGCGCACCUCGAUUCACAUCACUCCGAAUGCCUUUCCGGCCACCAGGGACCCCGAGUCUUCCAAUAACAAUGGACUUCCCAACUUCCUGCUCAAGCUCAGUGGCGACGACGAGCUCAUCUUCACCUUCGCAUUCGUUAUUCGCCAGACGACACAGCCCGCGCUGCCAAACUCGUCGAACCCAGAUGGGCAGACGACGACCAAGACCGACACCAACAUAUCUGGCCUCACCUUUGUCUAUGCCUCUACCUCGAAGGAAGUCGAGAACCUAGUCACGCGCGAAUUCCACGCCGACCCGAACCUGCACAAGAAUGACAACGUGGCUCUCGUGGGGGACUAUUCAACCAGUGGAUCAUCCGCCGUCUCUUUCGAGUGGACGUGGAAGUGGAAAGCUCCCAGAAGCCAAGAGGACAAAGGCGGCGGCUGGAGAAACUCUUGCAGCUUUGUCGAGUACGAUUCGCGUGCUCACCGACUGCACACUCUUGCUGCCUUUUCGUAUUGGGUCUCAACGAGCCGCAGCGUCACCGGUGUUCUCAUUGCUGACAAACCAGUUCCAGGCUCCUACACGACACCGACCCAGCCCAACUCGCCCUCGGCACCCUUCCUCCUGUCUUCUCCUCCCAAGAUCCGAAUUGCUUCAGCUCAGUCGGUAGACUCUCGGUUGGCCACAGAGGUUGAUGAGCAGCCGCUUUCGCCCUUAUACGCUCCUGGAGAGGCGCCCCUAGCCCCUAUUUCGACGCCGAAAGAACCCGUGAAGGUGGAUGUGCAAUGCGUUCCUCGACCGGCCGAAGACGUUGCUGUGGCCGACGAUGGUCCCGUCUUCCGCGCCACACUGAAAGCACUGGAGCAGAAGACCGGGAACUUGCGCGCGCAGAUGAAAAAGGUGCUCAAGAGAGCAGAGCAAGUCCAUACCUCGCAGGCGGAGGCCAACGAGGCCUUUGUCGCUUUCGUGGAGGCGUUGCGCGAGACCUCGACGACGAAUGCAAAUGCCGUCCAGCCUGCGCUGGAGCACUACUUUGACAAGAUUGCUCGUGAGAUCCUAGCCUACGAGCGCCAGAACAACGCCAACCUUCAGAAAAUCAUCAUCGAACCCAUCACCAAGUUAUACCAGUUCGAUAUCAAGCAAGCCGAAAGCAAGAAGCGAGACUUUGAAGAAGAGAGCAAGGACUAUUAUGCUUAUGUUUCGCGAUACCUCGGCCAGCGUCAAGAUUCGGUCAAGGCUAAGAAGCUUGCCGAAAGCGAUUCCAAGUAUCAGAACAAGCGGCGAAACUUCGAGCUCAAGCGCUUCGACUACUCAAGCUUUGUGCAGGACCUGCACGGCGGUCGCAAAGAUCAAGAGGUACUAUCGCACCUUACAAAGUACGCCGACGCACAGGCGGGUGCGUUCUUGUCCACUGCGCAGAAGAUUGAGAGCCUUCGCCCGCAGCUGGUAGCCUUGGCGAACGAGGUCCAGGAGGCCGACAAGGAGUAUCAAUACCAGCGAAGGGAGCGCGAGGAGAAGCGACGCCAACUGGAGAAGAGCAACAUGCCGUACAUGGAACCAGAGCAAAACAGCCUUGGUAGCGCCGCGCCCAUAAUAGCAAACUCAAACAACAGCACAGCCCAUACAUCGGACAACGAGCUGGGAAGGGCAGAGAGCACUGGCUCCCAGCUCAAGCCCUCAAGCUCGAGCGGUGCCGUGCAAACCACAGCAGCUGUUCCUAUGCCUGUGGACAUCGGACAAGCCUCGAAUAUCGGCAGCCCCAGCCAAAACUCAAAGUUUAAAGGCUUCCGUGACCUCGAGGACCAAGGCAGCCUGCAGUCAAACUCGUCACAAAGAAAAGAGGGACUUCUCUGGGCUCUCAACCGCCCUGGAGGACAUGUCGACCCUCGCAAUCUCAACAAGCAGGGGUGGCACAAAUUUUGGAUCGUUCUUGAUCAGGGGAAACUAUCAGAAUACAGCAAUUGGAAGCAGAGGUUGGAUCUUCACAUGGACCCCAUCGACUUGCGCAUGGCUUCUGUCCGCGAAGCCAGAAAUGCCGAGCGGCGGUUUUGUUUCGAGGUCAUCACGCCCAACUUCAAGCGUGUGUACCAGGCAACGUCUGAGGAAGAUAUGAACAGCUGGAUCUUGUCCAUCAACAAUGCUCUGCAGAGCGCCGUCGAGGGUCGAGCGUACCCCGGACGACAGGGGACUUCAAGAGACUCUGACUCUUCUCUUAAGAGGGACAUUGGCUCGGUUCUCACGGGUAAAGUCCAGUCUAUCCAUGGCUCGCACCAUGGACAUCACUCCAACUCAAAUAGCGCCAUUCCGUUUCGAAGGACAACGGUUGGCGCUCGGCCCAGCCCCGUGCGGACGCCGAGUUCGACCUUUGACGAGCACCCGGACAAGCUGUUGCAGGCACUGCGCGAGCAUGACCAGGGGAACUGCUAUUGCGCUGAUUGCGGAUCAGACAUCAAGGUCGAGUGGGUGUCGAUCAACUUGGGUAUUAUCCUCUGCAUCGAAUGCGGUGGCAUCCAUCGCUCCUUGGGGACGCACGUCAGCAAGAUACGCUCGCUCACACUGGAUAUCAAAUCUUUCACUGUCGAUAUUGUCGAGAUGCUCAUGCUCAUCGGUAACCGAGUGUCCAACAUGGUUUGGGAAGCCAAACUGGACCAGUCCCAGAAACUGGGGCCUCAAGCCAACCGCGAGCAGCGCCUAAAGUACAUCACCUCGAAAUACGUGGAACGCGCGUUCGUCGACCCAAUUUCCCCUACUCUGUCGCGGUACGCCACAGCGGACGAAACGUUGCUAGCCGCCAUCAAGAAGAACGAGAUCCAACAGGUGCUCUACGCCUUGGCUCUGGGAGCAAACCCAAAUGUCGUGGACAAGAUGAGAGGGACACACGCCGUGUGGUUGGCGCUUGCGGCCGCUGACCCAGCCUCACCGUCUCCCAUCCCCGGACAAACGUCGACGGACUCUGACAGCAAGCCGGUGCCUUUCCCCGUGGCAGAGCUGCUGAUCCAAAACGGCGCGGAAAUCCCAUCGUCUCUUCCAGCAUUUCCGCUUGGGAGAUACGCGCAGCAGUAUUACGAGCAAAAGAGAGGAAAGGGAUUCUCCAUCGGCGGCGAUUCGGUGCCGUCGCUACCCACCACCAGCAGCAGCUCAACCGACCGGCUCCUGAAAGACAAGGACGUUCGCCUUCAGAAGCGAGUGAGCGCAGGGGGGAGGCUGGCAAGGUCGCCCAUCCCGGAGAAAUAG